AUGUAUUUCUCCAAGAUCGCUGUCGUUCUUUCCGUUGCCGUUUCGGCACUUGCUUUGCCCGCCCUUGAGGCACCCAAGCAGAAGCGUGCUGGUGUCCUGACUGUUCAGGACUACGCCGACUUCCAGGUCUCUGAUGGUGUUGCUGGAAAUGCGCUCGCCGAGGUCCAGGCCAACUUCCCUAUUGAUGAGAAUGACCUGGCCAACGUCGAUCCUGACGAUCUGGACAUCAUCAAGGCGGCCCGUGUGACCGCCGAGGCCGCCGAGACGGAUGCUGGUGGCUUCAACGACGCCAUCGACGCCGCGGGUGACGGUGCUGCGGCCGAUGCCCUGCAGGUCGGCAAGAUCAAGAACAAGGUUCUGAAGCUUAAGCUCGAGGUCCUGGCCCUGCAGAUCGACCAGGCCGUCAACGGCAACGACAACAGCGCCAAGAUCGACGAGGAGACCACCAAGCUGAACAAGAACAUCCAGCUCGAUGAAGAUGCCGCCGGCGAGACCAGCCAGAGCGUCGACUUCACCGGUGACGACUCCCCGUAG